AUGAGAAUCCCAUAUGUAUCUAACCCUCCCGAGACCAAUAACGAGGAGCAUGCCGCCAUUGUGAAGCGCAUAGAGGAACGUCGUGCUCCUCGACCCCUCCAAUCCUUGGAUUUGGCCCUCCUCCACUCGCCUCAUGUUGCUGAUGGUUGGAACUCAUUCCUCGGCGCAGUCCGCACCAAAACUUCGCUAAGCGAUGACUUGCGGGAGCUUGCCAUUUCCCGAGUUGCCGUGUGCAACAAGGCAUGGUACGAAUGGAAGCACCAUGCGCCACUGGCUGUCAAGGGUGGUGUUUCUGAGGCCGGACUUGAGGCUAUUAAGCAAGAUACCCUCGGCGAGCGACCUGCUGAGCUGUCGGAGAAGCAAUGGGCCGUCCUGCUCUUCACAGACGAGAUGACGAGGAAUGUUCAAGUCAAGGAUGAGACGUUUGACCGUCUGCGAGAGUUCUUCAACGAGCAGGAAAUUGUAGAAAUCACGGCGACAGUCGCAUGUUACAACUGUGUAAGCCGUUUCUUGGUGGCACUCGAUGUUGGAGAGAGGAAUGGAACCGGCCCCGAAGCUGUGACUGGUCAUUAA